CUGCACUAAUGCUUAAUCACAACACAUUUCUUUAGAGAAAUUUUAGAGACACAAAGAGAGAUGAAGGUGUUCUUCUUUCUUCUUCUAUCUUUGCUUCUUUGUGAAGUGGUUUCUCCAUUGAGAGACAUUCCUCAAAGCUCAUGCUCUUCUUCAAAGCUUCAUGAAAAUUACCAUCACCAAAAAAUAAAUAACUCCGGUGUGCACUUCACACUACAUCACCCCCGCAACCCAUGUUCACCGGCCUCCCUCCACCACCUCCCCAUCUCCGACGUCCUCCACCACGACAAACUCCGCGUCUCCGGCCUCACUUCUCGUCUAACCACCAAACACCACAACAUACACCAUCGAGCUAACAACUUCGCCGCCAACAACCCAUCCCUCGUCUCCGUCCCCCUCUCACCUGGCAGCUCCUUGGGCGUCGGCAACUACAUUACCAUGAUUGGUUUAGGCACUCCUUCCUCCUCCUACGCCAUGGUUGUCGACACCGGCAGCUCCCUCACUUGGCUUCAAUGCUCACCGUGCCGUGUAUCUUGCCACGACCAAUCCGGCCCAGUGUUUAACCCAUCCUCUUCCGCCACCUACCAUUCCAUCCCUUGCUCCGCCACUGAAUGUUCCGGCCUCCAAUCCGCCACUCUCAACCCUUCCGCCUGCUCCAAUUCCAACGUCUGCAUCUACGAAGCCAGCUACGGUGACUCCUCCUUCUCCGUCGGCUAUUUAGGCAAAGACACACUCAGCUUCAGCUCAUCCUCGUUCACUAGUUUUGUCUACGGGUGUGGCCAGGAUAACGAAGGCCUCUUCGGCAAAUCGGCCGGCCUUAUCGGUCUCGCAAAAGAUAAACUUUCUUUACUAUCACAACUAGCACCGAAAAUUGGCAAUGCUUUCUCUUACUGUCUCCCUACAAAAUCCUCCACUGGAUUCCUAUCAAUUGGCUCUUAUGAUCCUUCUCACCUUGUUUUCACUCCACUGGUUAAGAGCUCACUUGAUAACAGUCUCUAUUUCAUCAAGCUUUCCACCAUUAAAGUUGCUGGCAAACCUUUGAGUGUGCCAACUUCAUCAAGCUAUUCCGAUACUCCGACGAUCAUCGAUUCAGGGACGGUUAUUACUCGGUUGCCGACCGAUGUCUACACCGCAUUGAGCAGUGCUGUAUCGGAUGCAUUGUCGAAGUAUCCGAGUGAAUCGCCGUAUUCGAUACUUGAUACUUGUUUCAAGGGAAGUGCGGCGAAUGUGGUGGCGCCGGAAGUGGUGUUAGUGUUUGAAGGAGGAGCUGAAUGGAAGCUUGGAACAAAGAAUGUGCUUAUUGAUGUUGAUGAUGGAAAGACAUGUCUUGCUUUUGCUCCGGCAGGGAGGGUGGCGAUCAUCGGAAACCGGCAGCAGCAGACGUUUAAGGUUGUUUACGAUAUCGGGAGCUCGAAGUUAGGGUUUGCUUCCAGUGCAUGUGGCUGAGCUGCCGGUGGUGGUGGUGAGCGGCGAUGACGGUCAAUAAUAGGUAUAAGGUGCCUAAUUAAAGGGUGUUUAUUCACCGGAAAAGAAGUGUCAGGAAGUCAUUGAAGUAGACUGAUUUCUCCCCGCUUCAGAUGUUUAUUUAUUUAUUUAUAAAAAUAUAGAGUAAGUGUAGAUAUAUACGUACGUGCAUGCAUGCAUGGUUUAUGUAGGGACAAGGAUCAUUGUUGAUUGGUAAUCUGAAUUAUUUAUGUGUGAACAUUAUUAAUGUUAUUCUCUUUGUUACGUUGAAUUUUAAAUGUGAAUUUUUAUAAAUUUAUUAUUUAGGUACA